GCAAAAUCACAAGCUAACUUGUUUCUCCCGAGAGAUAUCUAUCAUCACAAUCUCCUUCCUUCGUGUUCAUCAAUCUCCCGCCGCGCUUCAGGUAAAAUUACCUCCAAAUCUGUUGUUGGUUUAUUAUGCUAAUCUAAUCUAAUUCUUAGCGUGCGACUUCUUCUUCUUCUUUGUGUUCCCUUUGAUUUGUCUCUCUUUCGUAAUCGUCGCCGGUGUCUCAGUUUCCGCUUUUGCUUUGCAUUGGAUUCGAUUAAAUGCUUUCGUCGGAGCCCAAUCUUGAUUCUCUCUCUCGCCUCAAGUUUUUAGGGUUUCUUUAAAUCCAAUUUCAUCGAUUAUUUGCUGUGUGAUGCGGCGGUGUCUUUUGAAAUCGAUUAUAAUGCUGUGUGAUGCAGCUUCGAGAGAAGAAUUUAUUAGGUCUUACGGUGAAAUAAGUUACUUCACCCAAAAUCUUCACUUUACACGCUUCUCAGCUUUUUUGGUCAAUUUUGGCAUAUUUGUAUUCAAAGAUUGGGCAUUUGCAAUUGCUUGUAUCUGAUGAUCAAUCUCAUAAAUGUGUUACAGACAAGAAACAAUGUCUGGGCUGCUGGAUGGAAUCCCCGAAGCAGUGGCUCUGAGAUGCCUGGCUCAUGUGCCUUUACACCUUCAUCCCAAUUUAGAACUCGUCUCUCGCUCCUGGCGAGCUGCUAUCCGCAGUCAUGAGCUCUUCAGAGUCCGUAAAGAGCUCCGAUCUUCUGAGCAUCUCCUCUGCGUCUGUGCUUUCGAUCCUGAGAACAUCUGGCAAGUCUACAGUCCCAACUGUGAUCGCUGGCUCACCCUCCCUCUCCUUCCUUCUCGUAUCCGCCACCUUGCCCAUUUCGGUGCUGUCACUACUGCCGGCAUGCUCUUUGUCUUAGGCGGUGGCAGCGACGCUGUCAGCCCUGUUACCGGGGAUCACGACGGUACCUUUGCUACUGACCAGGUCUGGUCUUACGACUUUGUACAGAGACAGUGGACUCCUCGCGCUUCAAUGCUCGUGCCUCGUGCUAUGUUCGCCUGCUGCGUUCUUCAAGGGAAGAUUGUUGUUGCUGGCGGAUUCACCACUUGCAGGAAAUCCAUAUCUGGAGCGGAGAUGUAUGAUCCUGAGAAUGACGUCUGGACAUCCAUCCCAGAUCUCCACCAGACUCAUAACUCUGCCUGCUCGGGUCUAGUGGUAAACGGGAAAGUCCACGUCUUGCACAAAGGCUUGUCCACGGUGCAGGUUCUUGAGAGCGUUAAACUCGGGUGGGAUGUCAAAGACUAUGGCUGGCCGCAAGGUCCAAUGGUGGUCGUUGAGGACGUGCUUUACGUGAUGAGCCAUGGGCUGGUGUUCAAGCAAGAAGGUGACACGUGGAAGAUGGUUGCAUCGGCCUCAGAGUUUAAGCGGAGGAUCGGAAUGGCGAUGACGAGUUUGAGUGAUGAGGUUUUGAUCGUAGGAGGAGUGAUCGGACCUGAUAGGCUCAAUUGGGACAUCAAGCCCUUGUCAGAUGUCGACGCUUUGACAGUUGGGAAUGAUCGUCCGGCCUGGAGGAGUGUGGCGCCGAUGACAAGGUGUCGUGGGACGAUCCUUGGCUGCACGCAGUUGACAAUCUGAUGGAUGGGAAUGUGGCUUCAUUAUGACGUCUUUCAGUUCUUUUUUGUUUUGUAUUUUCUUCCUGUUUGUUAACUGUUGUGAGCAUUAUUGUUUUUAAAUCUUCUUUGAGAAAUGAAAAUAAACGAAUAGCAGCUAUGUCUUGAGAAAAUGUCAUCAAAGCCUGGUUAUUGUCUAUAAACGAAUAGCAGAUUUAUGUCUUGAGAAAAUAUCAU